UCAGUAAACCAACGUAAGGCUGUGUAAUAUAACAACAUGAGCAGUAUUAACAAGCAAUCAGAGAAGCUGUAACCUGAUAUCCAGUUGUAUGCAGAUUUCAUCCUACUUAAAUUCAACACAACUUUUCAAGCAUUUGUGCUUUUCUGACUUGUGUUAAGUCAAACUGUCUUUAUAGCUAAAUGUUUUACAGAACUUUUUCUCAGAGGUUACAGUCCACACCCUACAUCCUGUUUCAAAAGGAAACAUGCAUACAGGCAUCACUGUGACUGUGAAAAGCCACAUUUGCAGUGAUUCAGGGACAGUGGAUGAGUAAACAAACUACACCUUAUUGGUAGAGAUCUUAAAUAAUAAUAUGCUGCUCGCCUGUCUCCUGUAUGCUAGAAGGGGAAGGAACAAUCUGACAUCCAACUUUCAAAAUUAGGAGCCUAUGCUUGUUUCCCUCGCUAGUCUGCACGGCAAGUGUGCUCAUACUCUCAGGAAUGUUUGUUGCACUACUGGCAUUUGGUUCCUAUUUGCUGUUGGGCUCUGAUGCAACAGUAGAGCAUAAUAUCAACACUACUGCUCAUGAAUCGGUGGAGCUCCUAUGUAGCAUGAACACCAGUCCCGCUAGCUUGCAGAAUCUACGCUUUUACUGGCAAGAUGAAAGAAAAUAUGUUUUAUACUCUUUUAAUGAGGGGAAGGAAAUGCCAGAGCAUAUAAAUGAACUUUAUCGAGACAGGAUCACAACCUUCCCACAGGAAAUGAUCAGAGGAAAUAUUUCCAUCAGAGUUAAAAGCAUAACACUUGAAGAUAACAAAAGAGUCUUUGAGGCUUUUGCAGAAAUUUCUGAUCCCAGAGGAAUAUUCCAAUUCAGGAAAAUCUGCACCAUUACUUUACAUGUUGCAGUUCCUUACAUUAAUGUCAGCCUGGCUGUAAAUGAAGAAACAAGGACUGCAGUCUGUUCUGCACAAAGAGGAUUUCCUGAGCCUUUGGUAAAGUGGAGCCUCCAUUUCUUGUCUAACAACUCCCAGUGCCUUGUAGCCUCCAGCGGGGUGACCACUAGAGCAGUGCAAGACCCUCAAGAUCACCUCUACAGUUUCAGCAGCACUAUAGGUGUUCAGCGGGGCCUGUAUCAAUCCGUGACCUGCUUCAUCCACAACCCUACUCUAAAUGUGACUUUGAAUGCCACCCGCACUUUAAACAAAGGCGAGGCACAGAGGAGCGUCCCUGGCCGGGCUGUAGCUCUGACUGUGGCUGUUGUUGUCCUUCUGGCUCGAUGAUGCAUAGCAUAUUAAAUCUGUGUAGCUGCUAGGGGACAUGGCACUACUGUGUAUGGAACGGCCUCGGACAUUUUACAUCCAUGCUACAUUCAUCAGUUUGGGGGAAUGUAAAGAUAGAAAUACACAACUACUUGAAACCAUGCAUCUAGCAAAUGUUGGCCUCAGGUUAAUGUGACUAGCAUACUAUCAAACAAUGCCUCAUCACAUGUCCAGCAGAAAAACUAGCAUUUCUUCAGAAUCAUGUUGUGAACCCAUCUUCUGAUGGGUUUAAAUAUAAUAUUCGUUCUCCUUGUAGUCCCCUUGUGUGUUCACCACCUCCUGAUAGAAGUGAAUAACUCUGUAGCUGUUAAAUGCAUCACUGUGUUCACCAGCUAGAUAGUUAACUUUGUCUGUCUGCAGUUUUUAUGUUGUUUAUCUCAGGAUUUUAUGGAAACAUAGGGUGUUUGUCUCUGCAGGUUUUACAAUACAUUUGUCAAUUUGACCUAAUUUUCAUAUCAAAUAUUGAUUUGUGGUUCUUUAAAAUGUGUCUGAUGUCCACACCCCACUUGUUCAGUUAAAUAUGAAUGUAGUACUGUACACACUGUGCACUAUGUACAGAUUCACUUCCACAUUCAGCUGCGAUGAUCAUUUGUAAAAGCUGUUGCUUCCUGUUCAGCUCCUAUGAUAAAUACUUUCUGAUAUUAUCUGACAAAAUAUACAUGCUGAUAAAACUGAAUAUGCUUUGCAGUUUGCCUGCAUAUUCUUCAUUUGCUGUCUAUCAUAUUGUUUGUAAAAUGCUCAUUGUUAUGGGAAGAACAAGGCAGAAAGAAUGAAGAGAGACUUAGAUGCAGCUGUAGAAGUUCACCGGCAGCUGUUGGGACAAACCAGCUUUCUUCAGCAUCUCAGGAAAAACAACUAUUGCUGUGCUUUCUUGACCAGCGCCAUGGUGUCAGUGGACUCUGUGAGGGCCUCUGAGCAUCACUGGUUUCUGAUGUAAGGCUCACACUGGCCGCUGAGUCCGUUCCAACAUGGCAGUGAACUGCUGGCACCAUACAGUAUAUGUAUGUGGAUGUCCACACACGACUUCAAAAUGUGACGGUAUCAUUAUACCAUGCUUCUGUAAAAGCAGCUACUGUUCUGGUUUCAGGCUUUUCACCACAUUUAUUCCGGCUAGAAGGACUUGUUCUCCUUCAGUCACAAGAGCAUUAGUGAUGUUGCUGCUUCAAAAACAAGUGCAGGGACAAUAAGUAAGCCCCACGCAGGACGACAAUAAAACG